AUGAGCACCGCAUACCAGCAGGCGCUGGCCGCUUACGAUAACCACGCCCUGCGAUCCUAUGCUCCGUCAAUUGCCCUCCCCAGAACAUCAGCUUCUGCCGUCGGGGCCAGCGACGCCAGGAACGCCGCUACGCUGUACGCUCGAUAUCCCUUCCAGCAGAGCCAGCCCACCCAGGUGCCCGCCUCGCAGGCGCGCAAUGGCCCUCUCACGCAGCUUCAUACCACUCCCUCAGACCGGUCUACCAAGUCAGAGACGCCUGCCUCGGCUGUAUCCGCCAAAGACGCUGCAUCGUCGCGGAAGAGCCCUGAGACGUUGAUCUACCACAGUCUCCAAAUCCCGCGAUGCAUCAGUCCCAACGGCGGCAGCCUGGCAGACUUUGCAGCCCAGAUGACGUGCCUUUUUUGGUUUGAACCCAUCGACCGCUUGAAGAAGGCAGAGACUUUCCGAUCACGGCCAGACACAAUCACGACGCAGCUGGCGAACCUCUCCAAGCCGAGCGAGCAGUUCCGCAAAUGGGUAUUCAACGUCUUGUCGACGACCCAGGUUACACAGAACGUGAUACUGCUCGCGUUGCUCUUCAUCUAUAGACUGAAGCUGUCAACGCCGCAGAUCAAGGGACGCGAGGGCAGUGAGUAUCGGUUGCUCACGGUGGCCCUCAUGCUUGGCAACAAAUUCCUCGACGACAACACCUACACCAACAAGACGUGGGCCGAGGUGUCGUGCUUCGCGGUCGGCGAGAUACACGUUAUGGAAGUAGAGUUUCUUAGUAACAUGCGCUACAACCUUCUUGCCUCCAAGGAGGAGUGGGAGGACUGGUUGACCAAGCUGGCCUGCUUCCGCGACUACUAUGAGCAGGCCUCCCGAGCCCAGGCAUCGCCGCUGGCCGCAACGUCUCCGUCCUCCAGGAGCUUCCACUCGCCCAUCUCGCCGACCACAAUGCUGCCGGCCAGCGACGCGGCGGCAUUCAGUCCCGCCACCGCCCCGACGUACUCGCCGCCUGUCUCGAAGCACGCGCAAGACUGGGUCACGUAUCACGCCAACCCCGUCUCGCCCCUGGCCGUGAAGCCGUCGAUGGCUCUGCGCCCCUCGCGGAAGCGCAGCCCUGAUGGAGAGCCCAUGGAGGGCGUGAAUAACCCCUCUAAGCGAGUUAUGCGUAUGCAUCCUGCUCAGGUCCACGAGAACCCUUGGUCCAACAGCUGUGCCGCGCCCAGGUAUGGUGUUCCGCACCUGUCCAUUGUCACCUCGCAGCCGGCUGUCUUCCCGACGGCAACGGCAUCCAGGCCACCUUCGCCUCUCACGGCAGGAUACGCGCCCCCCCAGAACGUGGCCUCUCUGCCGCCCUUGCAGGCCGGCAUGCGUGCCAUGUCGACGGUGUACCAGCCCCACAAGACGACGAUGCCCCUGCGAACCAGCGUCUCCGCCGACUACUACCCAUCGAUGACGACGACGGCACCGGAACUGCCCAGAGGCCCGCCGCCCAUGGCGUAUGCCACGCCCAGCAAGCGCCAGCACGGCCUGGCCGGCCUUCAAACCUCGGGCUACACAUCGUCGCCCAUGGGAGAGACGCCGUUUGGAGCCGCGACGGGAGUGCACACGCCCAUGGCCCUGACGCCCAUCUCGCACUCGCCCAGCGUCUACCUGCAGCAGCGGGCGAGCCCCUACAAGCCCGUCCGCCACGUCAACAGGCUGCUCUACCCGCCGCCGUCGGCUUCGCUGGAUCAGUAUCACCUGGCCGUGCCGGUGCCGCCCACGCACAUGCAUUACCAGCCUCUGGGCCGACGAAACGACCUGCGCACGGGAGUGGUGCCCGAGUUUAUAGUGUACAACCAGGGUCAGCAGUCUCUCCCGCAACACGCAGCGCAAGGAUCGUAUGCACCCUAG